CUGAGCAGUGAGAGAGACGGCCCGGUCGAGCGGUAUCUCCCAGUGUACAGAGAACCAGACCCGGUGAAAGAUGUCGGAGGAGCCCGUGUCCGAGGCGCUGGACCCACGCGAGCUUCAGAUCCACAAUGCGAAGGCUUUCCUGCUGCAGGCGGACAAGUCUGGGGUCAGCCUGUAUGAGCAUCUGUCUGCCCUGCUGUCCCGCAUUUUAUCAGAACGCCCCCCGAAUGCCCUGGAGUCGCUGCAUGAGCUGAGCUCGGAGCUGAUGUGGGCCCGGAUGAGGCCGGGGCCUGACAAGCUCCGCACACCCAGGGAGAAUCCAGAAAUCUACCGCAAAGCUGAAAUCCAAAAGGGGCUCUUCACACGCGGAGCUGGGGAGGAAGAAGAGAGCGAACGAGAAGGAGAGAUGACAGAGUCCCCCCUCCCCAACCUCCUUGAUCUCGCUCACUUCGUCCAGCAAGGUGGGCUGAAUUUGGGUCAAGAUGAGUCGGUGCGGAUAGCCCUGGCGCUGAAACACCUGGUGGACGCCCAUCCUCUUCAGUACUGUCGCUUCUGGGGCAAGAUGCUGGGGACCCAGGGCAAUUACGUGGUGGCAGAAGUGCAGUUCCGAGAAGGAGAGGACGAAGAAGCGGAGGAAGACGCGGAAGAGGAGGAGAAGCCACAAGAGGAAGAGCCGGAGGAAGACGAAGCAGAGGAAGCAGAGGACCUGCCUCCCAAAUCCACGUAUCGCCCUCCACCAGAGGUACCACGCGAGGAGAGCGGCACGGGGGCCAACAAAUACGUGUACUUCGUCUGCACGGAGGCCGGAUCCGAAUGGGUCCGAUUACCCCCCGUUACACCGGCUCAGAUCAACGCCGCGCGGAAGAUUAAACGUCUCUUCACCGGAAACCUUGAUGCUCCCGUUAUCACUUAUCCCCCAUUCCCGGGAACAGAAGCCAACCUCCUGCGAGCCCAGAUUGCCCGAAUCUCCGCAGGGACGCACGUCAGUCCCCUGGGCUACUACCAGUUUUCAGAGGAGGAAGGUGAAGAAGAAGAGGACACGGGUGCAAGGGACAAGUACGAGGAGAAUCCCGAAUUCGAAGGGGUACCGGUGGCUGAGCUGGUAGAAAGCUUGUCUAACUGGGUGCAUCACGUCCAACACAUCCUGCCGCAGGGCCGCUGCGUCUGGGUUAACAUGGCAGCGAAGUCCGAGGAGCAGCUGGAGGAAGAGGAAGGAGAAGAAGAAGAGAAGGAAGAAGAAGAGGAGACAGAGCCGGAAGUGGGUCCCCCUCUCCUAACGCCUCUGUCUGAGGAUGCAGAAAUCAACCAGACCCCUCCAUGGACAGCGUCUCUCUCCUCCAGUCUCAUCCCUCAAUAUGCUGUCGCCGUACUUCGCUCAAACUUAUGGCCUGGAGCCUAUACUAUCGCAAGUCCCAAGAAGUUUGUCAACAUCUAUAUUGGCUGGGGAACGAAAUACAGCCCCGAGGGGUAUAGCCCCCCAGCCCCUCCUGCACCCCAGGCAGAGUAUCCCAGCGGCCCUGAAAUCAGUGAAGGUACAGACCCUACGGUAGAAGAGGAACAAGCCCUAAAAGCCGCGCAGGAGGAGGCCGCAGCCGCAGCCGAAGAGAUGGAAGAAGAAGAGGAGGAAGAGGAAGAAGACGAGGACGAUUAAAAUAGCCAUUUGUUUCAUAUGCUGCGUAAACAUGUACAGUAAAGCCUUCUAUCUAAAAGAUGUCCAUUAAAUAAUAUGUUGCGAAAUGAUGUAAAAA